AUGACCUUACCUGGCAAUGUGAUCAAGGUGCUAUCAUUGGGAGCCGAUGUGUUGCCGGAAUAUAAAUUACAGCCCACUAGGAUCCAUCAUUGUACAAUCGUACAUUAUUCUCCGUUUAAGGCCGUUUGGGAUUGGAUUAUCCUUCUUCUGGUCAUUUAUACUGCCAUUUUUACGCCUUACGUUGCCGCCUUUUUACUUCGAGAGGAUAGCUCUCGUAGAGCUCGUUUUUCGGAACCAUUGGAAAUUAUUGAUCUAAUUGUGGAUAUCAUGUUUAUUGUCGAUAUUAUUAUCAAUUUCAGAACAACUUAUGUCAACGAAAACGAUGAAGUUGUUUCACAUCCUGGAAAGAUAGCAAUACAUUAUUUUAAAGGCUGGUUUGUAAUAGACAUGAUUGCCGCUGUGCCCUUCGAUCUUCUUCUUGUAAAUACAAACAGUGACGAGAAUGAAUUUAAGCCAUUCAAUAAGAUUUAA